UGUUGAUCAAUUCACCAGCAGAGUGGAAAUGCCUAGGAUUUGCCCGAAUCUUGCUAGAAGUUCCCCUCAAUUUUGUGCCGGUGGGAGAAGUAGAACUUGAGGAGGGGGUAGAGGCAUCUCCCAAGAAAUCAAAUACAAGUUGAAAGUCUGGUUCUGCUCAGAUUGUGGCUUCACCACUCAUUCCUCUUCCUCCUGCAACCUGGGUCGGAACGGUCCAGAAGAUGGCAGGAAAGAUGAAGAUGAGUUGUCUCAAGUCAAGAUCACGGCAAGGAAAACUAGGCGGCCACGGUUAUCCCCUCCUGCCCAUCCCCUCUCCAACCGAUUUCAAUCCCUUUUAAUGAGGCCCACGAGGAGGUUUUGGGGGCUGUAGCAGCAGGGGCUUGAAGACAGAAACCCCCUCCACCACUCACCUUCUAUUGGGAAGCUAGAGGCCUCGGAGGAGAUUUCAGUGAAGUCUCGCACAGGGCCAGUAGACAACCCCAACCCAAAGUUCCGCAACAAUAGUGACAUGCCCCUGAAUGGCUGCCCCAUUGCGUCAAAGCAAUCUUUCAGUCGCAGCCUGGGGGAGAAAGUGAUGGUGGUCCAUGUUAAUAAUCAUGGAGUAGGAGAAAACGGAGAAACAAGAGUUUAAAGAGACAAAAAGCACACGCGAUUACGUGGUUUGGCAUUACUGCCUACAUCCACGAGGGAAGGAGACGGGCUUCAUUAUGUGAUCGUUGCUCUGUGUUGCAUGCCCUUUGUUACAUUCUCGUUUUAAAGACAAAGGGAUAAGGAUGAGAGAGAAGGAGACGGGCUUCAUUAUGUGAUCGUUGCUCUGUGUUGCAUGCCCUUUGUUACAUUCUCGUUUUAAAGACAAAGGGAUAAGGAUGAGAGAGAAGGAUAACAAUUACUGAGCCAGCUCGAAUAACUCGAGAGGCAACCUAUCCCACCAAUCUCGGUAACCAGAUCAGUUGCCUAUAUUGUUUCAACAGAUUUGACCGAGUGCAUAUUCAUGCUUGCCACACCUCCAUCCAUAAUAAGUGAACAGUCCACAUCCCUCCCCCCAACAAGAAGGGAAAGAGGAGACCAGUGGUUCUUUCAACCGCGUCUUUUCGUAGUUUGAUCAAUGAAUAGGACAUGAAAAACAAGGGGUUUGAAGAGUAAGGACGUCAACUCUCACAUGAAGAGAGUGGGGACUCUUGACAAAGGCGAGGUACUGAAGGAAAUCCUUGGCCCAACCAAACGAAAAGGAGGACAUGGACAUUUGCAGCGAAUCCCUGCAAGGCACUGUCGCUGACCCACUCUUUACAGAUUUGGUUGAUGACUGGAAAGGUUGCUGCUCGCAGCACCAUAGUCCAUGUCGAUAGAUGGGCCAAACAAGGAGAACAUUCCUUUGAAGGACAGGCCUUGGUCAGGCUGGCAGCACAGUAAGGCAAUGGCGGGUGACGGCGACCUCCGGCGAUCGACGGCGACUUCCGGUGGCGCCCGGCGGCAGCCAGCGACAGACAGAAUUCAAUUCUUUCAGCAGAUAGUACAAGAGUUGUGCUGGGAAUUUUCAGUCCACAGCAACAACCUUACAGUUAGGAACUGGAAGAAGAAACCACACCAUCUGGGAUUUUCGCAAGGGGCUCCUAAUCAGCCAGAACUAAAGCAUGCAUUUCUUAAGUUUGUUGAGUUUCUUGAUAAUGACAGCCAGGUUUAUUUGGACAUCAGCUACACCUUUGACAUUCGAAAAGAAUGGCCAUCACCUUCCUAAGUUAGUUUGGUGGCCUUCAGAGAGAUUCUAAUUAUUUGUUAGCUCAUGUAUUAUCUCUCAGUUCAAUGGAGUGAUUUCUAUAACUUAGUCCUGUAUAUUGUAUAAACACUUGUUAUCACAUCUCCAAUUUUUUAUUGUUCUAGCACUCUGAAUUCUAUUGUCAUGGUACCGGAGCUCGAUAACUGGUUCAGGUAACUCAAGCGUGUUGUUGGUCGGGUUUUUUCUGUAAAAGCAACUCUGGCCACUUCAGCACUUGAUGGUUCAGGCUGCAUGACACAAAAAACUUGUUGUACUGAAAGUAACAUGCACACAUCAUGAUAUGGCUUUAAGUUCAAGCAAUUCCUUCAGCUGCA